AUGCACUUUUUGAGGAUAAAGAAGAAAUGCUGGCACUUAAAAGACUUUAUAAUGACCCAACAGUCUGGCCUGGAAUUCAGGAUCGAGGACAUUGGCAUUAUGGAGGAACCCAGAGAUCUUAUAAAGGAGCGUGCUGACAAUUUCAAGAUUGGAGCUACGGGAAUGACUCAUAUAGAAGAAAUAUCCCAUCUUCUCACUUCUAAGGAUAAGAAAUCGCUCAAAGAAUUUGAUAACAUAAAUAUAAAGAAAGUAAGUGCAUUAUUUUGCAAUAAGAGUUUAUAUUUGUAUAUCAGCAAAUUCUAUUAA